AUGCCUUCACCAAGAAUGUUCCCUCUCUUAUACUUUCUUCUGCUCCUCCUCUUUUCCGGCAACGCGACCACCGGAAUCACCUCCUUUGACUUCCAAACAUUUUCCGCCACCGGCUUCAAGUUCUUGGGCGAGGCUCAUGUUUUCAACAACAGUAUCAGACUCACUCCAGAGCUCCUCGUCCCCGACACCAGCGCCGGCAGGGUUCUGUACAACAAGCCCAUCAGAUUCCUGCAACCUGGGAACCCAACUCCGAUGAGUUUCACUACAACCUUUUCCUUUUCGAUUGACAAUUUAAAUCCCAACUCGAUUGGAGGUGGUAUGGCUUUCGUCAUAUCGCCCGACGAUGAAGCAAUUGGUGACCCUGGUGGACAUAUGGGAAUUCCAACCGGUGCGGUUGCUGUUGAGUUUGAUACUUGUAUGGACGUCGAGUUCAAAGAUGUUAACGGGAACCAUGUGGGCUUGGAUCUAGGCUCAAUGGUUUCUUCUCAUGUUGCCGAUCUGCAUUCGGCCAAUGUCAAUUUACGAAGUGGUAAGCCGGUGAAAUCAUGGAUUGAUUAUUCCGGUUCAACUAACCAACUCAACAUCUAUAUCUCAUACAGCAAUACAAAACCCAAAUCACCCGUCCUAUCAAUCACCGUAAAUCUCAAUGAAUACGUGAAGGAGUUUAUGUUUGUGGGGAUGUCCGCAUCAACACAGGGGAGCACUGAAGUUCACUCACUUCAACGAUGGAGUUUCAACUCGUCUUUUGAUUCAAAACCCGAACCAAAUUCACCACCACCACCAACACAAACCAUCGUAAACACUUCACAGCCGUCGACAACCCCAACUGCCUAUAAAACCAAAAAACAGAGCAAAUUGGUUCAUCUGAAAUCCAAGAACCUUGUAAGAAUAAUGGCGGCGGUGGGGGCAGCAAUAGCAGUAGUAGUAGCACUUGGCUGGUACUGUAAAUGCAAAUGUUUUUGCUGUAGCGUGAAAAUUGCAUCAAUCAAUUUUGAAAAUGGAGCCGAUUCCGAAGGUGGGCCAAUCCGAAAAAAUUAAUGCUUCGAUGGUCUGAGUGUAUGUAUACAUAAUUGUGUGAUUGUUUUCUUUCUUGUAUGUAUACGUCUGUUUGUAUAUUCAAUAAAAAAAGGGUUUGUUAGGGAUACAAACAGAGGGUAUGAAUUGUGGUUGAAUUGUUAUAAGAAUGAUAU